AUGCCUCCGGUCCAUUGCCAGCGCGUCUAUGGAGUCAAGGUCUCCAACGGAACGAGCCUUGUUCUCGUCGUCCCUCCGCCGCCCAUGGUCAGGCUCCUUCGAUCUGAACGCGCCUCCGUCAUAUCGGAGGCAGCCGUCUUGAAAUGGCUUGCUGGCAAGACUGUCGAGCAGCCUCUUCUCCAGGAGCGAACCCCCGAACCAGACGACCUGCUUGAGAUGUCGUCGGAUUUGGUCAGAUGGGGGAAAGGGGCCGGAAGUACCAUCGAUGACGCGGCGAAGGAGCUAUGUGCUCUACUACCUACACUCAUUACACAUACGGCGGCAACAAAUGAGUUGGGCCUCGAAUACAAUCUUCUUAGACCGACGCAAGGCAUCCCGAUAUCCGAACUUAACCCGCCACUCUCCCCCUCAGAGCGUAGGACAAUUGAUUAUCAAACCGGGCAGCUGUAUAGGAAGCUAUGCAAGCAUGUAUCCCCAACCGGUCGGUUUGGCCCUGCCUUUGCCGUUCUCCCUUCAGCUGCGUCACCAUCCGCGGCAGACCCGACGAAGCCGGCGAGACGAGACGUGAACGCGAGGCUGCUGGAAUCCAGAGGGGUUCAGUCCUGGGCCAUGGCCUUCCACUCCAUGUUGGAAGCUGUCCUUCGAGAUGGAGAGGAUAUGCAGGUUAUGCUGGGGUACGGCACUAUUCGCCGGCACUUCAAGCGCUUCGAAUACACACUCAACGGGAUUAAGACACCUCGACUUGUGGCCGUUGACGUCGGGAAGGACAUCAACACACUCGCCCUGAGGUCGCGUCGACGAGUCACCCCAUCUCUUGCACAAAGCAACACAAGGUUCCCUCUGACAGACCCCCUUCGAGGCAAUGGUGGCGAUGAGGAAAGCGAAGAGGACCCUGACCAAGAGGUGGAGUCAGGAUCAGAAGAUGCCGCAACCCUUACUGCCUGUCACCAGAACGAAGUUAUCAUGGCCGGAAUGAAAGACUGGAGCAAUUUCAUCUUUGGUGAUCCUUUAUUCGCGCUCAACUUCGGUCGCGACCCGAGCAGUGAAUUCCUUGCGGGUUUCGGCGGCGACGGGAGAGUUCAAGACACCACCAAGCCUGUGUUUUCCUCGGACAUGGUCGAGGACAAGGAGAGUGCUCACAUCCGUCUUCUCCUAUACGAUUGCUACCACACUGUUACCCAUAUCGCCAGAGGAUACUUUCGACCACAAAAGGAUAGCCACGGGCGUGAGCUAGAGGCUCGGAAGAGGCUUAACACCAUACUAGCACAGUUGGACGCCCUAGACGAUAAUGGUAUUCGAAGAGGGAGAAGAUCAAGCGGCGAGUUAAGCCCGGCGAAACGAUCCAAGAGCGGUGCCGAGGACGACUAA